AUGACUCAUACAAGUGAUUUUUCAUACUUAUCUCGUGCAAUGUCCACAGCAUAUACUUCACUUUGGUUUUUACAACACGUUUGGUUUAUUGAUAGGUUUGCAUCAUUGCGGUGGAAUCGUGUUAAAAGAUUCGAAUUGAAAUCGGUAAUAACAUUAUUGUUGUUGUUAAUAUGUCCAUUGGAAGCAAUAUAUGAUAUUUCAAUAGUAGUUAUAAAAUAUCAAGAAGGAUAUUUACCGGACCCUUUUAAUCCAGGUGAAUACAGACCGAAAAUUCAACCAUAUUGGAGCAAAAAAAAUCAAGACUUUGUUGUGCCAAUAAAUUACGUUCUUUGUGCCAAUCUCAGUGUCCAAACCGCAAUUCUCUUCCCAACAUUACAAUUUUGUUUCUCGUCAAAUCAAUUAAAUUCCGAGCUUGCACCACAAUUUGCAUAUGGUAUAAUUAUGUUGAUAAUUGCAUUGCUAGGGUUUAGAUCUGAUUAUAGAUUUAAAAAACUAUUAAUGCACACAAGACGCCUAAAUCCAACAGUUAAUGUUCUCAAUUCUUUUGAUGAUGGAAUGAGUGGAUCUACUGUAGCUUUUGAUAAAAAAUCAAAUAGAUUUAAUUUUCUAAAAAAAUUUAGAUUUUAA